AUGGCGGCCUGUGCAUUACGUCGGGGCUUGCUGAGCAGUGUCAGUAAAUACAACAGGAAACAUACACAGAGGGUACUGAGUGUCGCCGACGCCAGCUGCGGAUUCGAGGCGUUCAAACCACGGUUACAAUGCCGAAGUUGUGGACUGCUAGGUAGUGUUCCGCCAAGGAGGUUCAUGUCGUCACGGAACAGGCCCGAAGGGAAGAUUCUGGAGACCGUUGGCGUGUUUGAGGCUGUGAAGCAGCAUGGGAAAUAUGAAACGGGACAGCUGUUUCUCCACAGUGUGUUUGGCUACAGAGGCAUAGUCUUGUUCCCGUGGCACGCCCGCCUCUAUGACCGAGACAUCACCCCCCCCAUGACCGACAGUAAACCCGAGCCCCCCCCGGGAGCCCACGGCUCCAAAGAAGUGAAGGGGAAGACUCACACCUACUACCAAGUCCUCAUCGACACCAGAGACUGUCCCCACAUAUCUCAGAGAUCUCAGACCGAAGCGGUGACCUUCCUGGCCAACCACGACGACAGCAGAGCUCUCUACGCCAUCCCAGGGCUGGACUAUGUGAGCCAUGAGGACAUCCUGCCCUACAACUCUACAGAGCAGGUCCCAAUCCAGCACGAGCUGUUCGAGCGCUUCCUCAUGUUCAACCCGACAAAAUCUCCUCCCUUCACCGCCAGGGACACCCUGAAGGCGUGGCAGGAGAAGAACCACCCCUGGCUGGAGCUGUCCGACGUGCACAGGGAGACCACGGAGAGCAUCCGCGUCACCGUCAUCCCCUUCUACAUGGGCAUGCGGGAGGCCCAGAACUCCCACGUUUACUGGGUGAGUAUCCCCACGGUGGGGACGGAGGGAACGGAGGGGGAACGGCGAGCGGAGCUUACCUCUCUGUAUGAGUGGAGCUAA